GGGGUUUUGUAACUCUCUUUACGAUUGAUUACAAAACAAAUUGUCAAUAUUUUCUACCAGUGCAGGCAAGACCUUGUGAAGGUAAGUCUAGUUUUGAAAACUAGUUUCAAAGGCACAAAGUAGUUCUUUGUAAACGGACUGUUGUGCCAUUUGUUUACAUGAUAAAUUUGAAACGUUAAAACGCAUUCAUUGUAACUCAAUUCGUUUACAACGUUAACUCUUAUGAAACUAUGUAGGCGUAAUUGAACUCAUACAGAGACAUUCAUUAUGAAAUAGGAAGUAGGCUACUUUUGUUAAAAUAUUUUAAAGCCCAGAUAGGUAACCUAUGCUGGACACAGUGUACCUUUGAAGUCCAUUACAUCCCAUCAAGAUAUUGAAAGUAACAGAAUUAGAGGGCAACCAACUUCCAUAAAUGUCCAGCUAGGCAACACUACUCCCCCUCACUUUAAAAGUGACCCUUGUUCAAACCUCAAUGCAACCAGAGGCACACUUUAGGCCUACUUUUUACAGCAAUGUAAGGACUGAGAGGGAACCACUGGAGUGGAGCUUGAACUAACAAUCCUGCAGGGCAAGUGUACAUCCCACAGUGCAAUAAAGGUCCCCUCCAGACGUAAGAAAAUAGAAAAUGACACAAUUAAAAGUGAAAGUCACCCAGUAAAAGCCUACUUGAGUAAAAGUAUUUGUUUUUAAAUAUACUUAAGUAUCAAAAGUAAAUGUAAUUGCUAAAAUAUACUUAAGUAUCAAAAAUAAAAGUAUAAAUUAUUUCAAAUUCCUUAGAUUAAGCAAACCAGACUGCAUCAUUGAAUUUUUUAAGGGAUAGCCAGGGGCAUGCUCCAACACUCAGAUAUAAUUUACAAACAAAGCAUGUGUUUAGUGAGUUCGCCAGAUCAGAGGCAGUAGGGAUGACCAGGGAUGUUCUCUUGAUAAGUAUGUGAAUUAGACCAUUUUCCUGUCCUGCUAAGCAUUCAAAAUGUAACGAGUACUUUUGGGUGUCAGGGAAAAUGUAUGGACUAAAAAGCAAAAUUUUCUUUAGGAAUGUAAUGAAGUAAAAGUAGUCAAAAAUAUAAAUGGUAAAGUACAGAUACCCCCAAAAACUACUUAAGUAGUACUUUCAAGUAUUUUUACACAAGUACUUUACACCACUGUUGGCAAAGGACUAAUAAUGCACAGACUGGUUAUCAUAACAUCAUGUACAGUAAGUUAGUCAAAAUACCUUUGCCUCCUUAAUUCGUUCAUUAUUACAGGUAGGUAACCAAACCGGCAUGGCUCAUACCUGCAUUCACUGGUUCCGCAAGGGGCUCCGACUGCAUGACAAUCCAGCACUGGUGGCUGCAUUGCGGGACUGCAAGGAGAUCUACCCUGUGUUUGUCCUGGACCCCUAUGUCCCCAACAACGUCAACAUUGGCAUCAACCGAUGGAGGUUCCUCAUAAGAGCCCUUAAAGACUUGGAUUGCAGCCUGAGGAAGCUCAAUUCUAGGUAGGAAUAAAAGGACAACUCUAAAGCAUGAUAUCCAAUGCUAUUUCAGUUGCUUACUGAGUAUGUUGUGUUGGUGGGACUGGGUACUGGGAAAGCAAAACAAACAAUGUUUUUUUUUUGGUAAUGGAUCAAUAAAGAUGCAUGUAUUAUGUUGAUUAGUUAAUGUAAGGGGUGGAUAGAGAAAUUAGAUAUGGUGUCUCUUCUUGGCCGUUUGUUGUGUGGUGAUCCCAGAUUGAUGCCUACUGGUAUUCUAUUGUUGUGUGUGCUUCUCAAAAAGUUGACUGUGAGAACUAAAAAGUGUUGGUGGGGUCUCCACUCUCCAGGCUGUUUGUGGUGAGAGGUAAGCCAGAGGAGGUCUUUCCUAAGCUGUUCCAGAAGUGGAAGGUGACGAGGUUGACGUAUGAGUAUGACACAGAGCCCUUCAGCCUCCGCCGGGACAAGGAGGUGGUCCGGUUAGCCGAAGAGCACGGAGUAGAAAUCAUCUACAAAGUCUCCCACACCCUCUACAACAUAGACAGGUGAGCGAUCCUUAACGAGUGAAUACUCUGUGCAGAGAAAGCUUAUUGCUACCUUUAGAAAUUGAUGUAACACAAUAAGAAUCCAAUUAAAUUCUAUGGAGACAGACAUUUUAGAAAGAAACUGUCUUAAUUGAAAAAUAACAUGUAUAUUAUUUUACCCGUAGUAUGCGCUCCAGCAGGUAUAUCUCACUGGUCAUCCCCAAAGCCAACACCUCCUUUGGCCGCCAUUCCUUGCAGUUCUCUGCUGCUAAUGACUGGAACGAACUGCAAAAAUUCUGAAGCUGGAGACUCUUAUCCCCCUCACUAACUUUAAGCAUCAGUUGUCAGAGCAGCUUACCGAUCACUGCACCUGUACACAGCCAUUCUGAAAUUAGCCCACCCAACUACCCCAUCCCCAUAUUGUUAUUUAUUUUGCUCAUUUGCACCCCAGUAUCUCUAUUUGCACAUCUUCUUCUGCACAUCUAUCACUCCAGUGUUAAUACUAAAUUGAAAUUAUUUUGCACUAUGGCCUAUUUAUUGCAUUAACUCCAUAACUUACUACAUUUGCACACACUGUAUAUAUAUUUUCUAUUGUGUAAUUGACUGUAUGUUUUGUUUUAUCCCAUGUGUAACUCUGUGUUGUUGUUUUUAUCGCACGGCUUUGCUUUAUCUUGGCCAGGUCGCAGUUGUAAAUGAGAACUUGUUCUCAACUAGCUUACCUGGUUAAAUAAAGGUUAAAUAAAAUAAAAACAUAACAUGAACACCAUCACUCAAGUUGCAAGACUAUCUUGGAUGCAGCACUAAUGAUCUGUGUCCCUGCUCCGUCAUUCUUGUAGGAUCAUUGAAGAGAACAACGGGAAGGCUCCUCUGACCUACAAUCGUCUGCAGACCCUUGUCAAUAGUAUCGGUCCUCCCAAAAGGCCUAUCCCUGCUCCAACCAUUGAGGACAUGAAGGGUAAGACCGACAGUCUUUUGGAAUGCUUCUCCCAUGUGAAUAUAUUUACUGUGUCCUGAUUCUCUGCCUUUAUGACCUAAGUGUGCACUUGUUCACUUCACAGAUUUAAAAUGUGUAAAAAUUAUGUGUUAAACUUCCUCUAGCCAAUGCUUAGGCCGAAACCAAUCAAACGCUUUUAACUUUGUGAGGAAGAGUGGAUAAGGGUUGAAAAUGGCAGUUUUGGGCACUGAUAAGUGACAAGAAGUUGCCCCCAUCCCUCCCGCUAAUUGGGAAAAGUUUGCACAUUUUUGGUUGUCUGAGUGAGGGAAAUGCUGUAAUUUUAAGAGGACUCUAUGUAUUUUGAAAGAUGACGUUGAUUUAUUAUAUUAAGUACCGCUUUGAUGUCAUACAACUAAGUCCAAAUGUGCACUUCACAUUUCCAUAUCAUAAAACUCAUGUCAUAUACAGUGUCAACGUUUAUGAUCAUUAUGUUUGAUGUACAGUUACAAGAUGACAUGGCGUUAUACCCUGGGUUGUUCUGAACAGAAUGAGCCUAUGUUUGUCUAUUGUGAAGAACAUCUGCUGAAGAACAUGCACCUAAAUGCACUCGACGCUUUUCAAUGCGCACCAAAAUUAUGAUCAGUUUCUCUGAAUUGCCUUGUGAAAGCCUAACACUGUAAGAUCGUAUUUUAUAACUUAGCUAGUCAUGAUGGCAUUAGAACACACUUUCAAAUGAUGCCCACCUGACCCAGAUAUCGAUUUAUAAUAGGCUGUUUUUGGAUUGCCUAAACAACAGUAAUUGUGUGAUGGCGGGGAUGCAGGGUUGUGUUAACUACAAGUGUUCUUGCUCUAGUUCCUCAACGGCACAGCUAGGACAGCAAAAAAAAAAAAAAAAAAACGUAUAGUUGAAUACUUUUCUUUGAGUCAUAAAAGUGCAUUGAAAUGACUUAGGAACUGUUAACACUUUGGAGAUGUGUGGCCACUUGGAGAUACCAGUUCGUCCUCUCGCUCAAACCCGUGUAAUUUAUUUUUUCUUAUGUUGCACCUACCCCGCAUUUUCAAGGAAUAUUCUUAUCAUGUUACUGAAUGUAUUCAGAGUAUUUCAGAUUUUGUUAUUAACAAAUGUGGCAAAGUACAUUAAAUGUAAAAUGCACAUAAAAAUCAACAUUUCAAUUUAGCCCUAUCCAUAUAGGCCAAUUCCCACAAGGGUUAACUUUUCUGCCUUUCUUCCUCACAUUCAACUAGAUGUAACGACUCGGUGCUCAGAGAAACAUGAGGAGAACUAUGGCAUCCCCAUGUUAGAGAAGUUGGAUCAGGAUCCUGAGGAGCUGUUCCCUGGUGGAGAGCAAGAGGCUCUGCGGAGACUGGACCAACACAUGGAGAGAAAGGUACUCAUGUAUUUUGGCAGCCAUCUUUAUUACUGGUACAUGGGCAAUGGCAAGAGUGGAAGAUGAAAAACCAAUUUUCCUUCAAACACAUUGGUCGGUAUUUAGACUUAAGGUUCACACACUUAUCCCAGACUUUCAUGUAAAUCAUUAAUUGAUGUCAAUGGGAAAGUUGGUUGAAAAUUCAAUUCCUUGUGUUCAAUUUAUUGUGUCGUCAUUUGGUGUCACCCAGGAAUGGGUGUGUGGCUUUGAGAAACCCCAGACGUCCCCCAACUCCCUGAGCCCCAGCACCACCGUCCUCAGCCCUUAUAUGACAUUUGGCUGCCUGUCGGCACGCACCUUCUGGUGGAGACUGACCGACGUCUACCAAGGGGUGAGUCUCUUCUCAAGCCUAUGAAUCAACUUCCAUUGAUAGGUAAUCGUUUUUUUGCAGAGUUUGGUCAUGCACAAGAAUGGGAAGUCUUAUUGUGGAACAUUUUAAAUAAUGUCUGACGUCUUCCUACCUGUGUGGGAUUUGUAGAAGAAGCACUCCCAGCCUCCCGUCUCGCUGCAUGGCCAGCUACUGUGGAGAGAGUUCUUCUACACAGCCGGCCUGGGCAUCCCCAACUUUGACAAGAUGGAGGGAAACCCUGUGUGUACACAGGUGGACUGGGACAGCAACCCUGAGUAUCUGGCUGCAUGGGCAGAGGUAGGCCUGUAGAGCUCCUAACACAUAGUGACAGUUUUCCAGUCAGAGAUUAAGUCUACUCCUGGACUAAAAAGCAAUUAAUGGAGAUUUUCCAAUGAGCAUGCUUUUUAGUCCAGGGGACUAGGCUCAAUCUGUGUCUGGAAAACCGGACCAUAAACCUCUGAAGAGUAGAAUUUCACUUAAUCUGAUGCUAUAGUAAAGCAUGACAUUGUUGUUUAUCAAUCCACUCACAAUGUGAUUGUGUUGCUCUGCAGGCCAGGACUGGUUUCCCCUUCAUCGAUGCCAUCAUGACCCAGCUGAGGCAGGAGGGCUGGAUCCACCACCUGGCCCGGCACGCCGUGGCCUGCUUCCUGACCAGAGGAGACCUGUGGAUCAGCUGGGAGGAGGGCCAGAAGGUAUGGACUACCAUACCUUGCCGUUACUGAGUCCCCUAUUAUUGCUGUCAUUUAAUAAGUAUCCUAUUCCCUAGCCUAGCGGUUAAGAGCAUUGGGCCAGUAACCGAAUGGUCGCUGGUUUGAAUCCCCGAGCUGACUAGGUGAAAAAUCUGUUGAUGUGCCCUUGAGCAAGGCACUUAACCCUAAUUGCUCCUGUAAAUCGCUCUGUAUAAGAGUGUCUGCUAAAUGAUUAAAAUGUAAAUAGUGCACUACUUUUGACCAGGUCCCUGGUCAAUAGUAGUGCACUAGGUAGGGUAUAGGGUGCCAUUUGAGGCGCAAACCCUAUCCAUGCUCAACCCCUAUCCAUGCUCAACCUUUCCUCAUAAGUCUGUAAGGAAAGCACAAUAACCAAAUCAAAAUGGUAAUGUCUGGCUAAAUGAGGCUAAAUGCCGAGAUUAGAGGAGCAUCUCAAUACUUGAAAGUAGGGUCCUUUCCUCUCAUCCCCUUUUUUGAAUGCAUUGAUCUGAAAACGUUGGAAUCAAUAGGCCUGAGACAAGGUAUUGACACUAUUUCAGAAUAUUUAGAUGGACUUCAAGUUCUGACCACUGUAUUAUUGAGUUGUUUCUCAUUGGACCCUGUUUGCUCCUACCACAGGUAUUUGAGGAACUGUUAUUGGAUGGAGACUGGUCCCUGAAUGCUGGGAACUGGCAGUGGCUCUCUGCUAGUACUUUCUUUCACCAGUACUUCAGGGUCUACUCGCCCAUCGCCUUUGGCAAGAAAACAGACAAAAACGGAGACUACAUCAAGUAAGAACAUUAACCCUUACCAAAGCCAGAAUGUUAGAUUUAUUACCUUGUAAUACCAUGAUCUGAAUCCUAAACUGUCGUGGUGCGUACCACCAACUGUUGUUAACAUAGCCCCUCUAGUAAGAUCUAUGUCGUAAACCAGUCUAAUUGGAAUUAAUGGCAGUAGAGGCAUAGGUGACGCAUUUCCUGCUUUUACCUAUGCAGAAAAAUAAAAGUAAGGCAUGUGAUGGAUCAUAAAAUGUGAAAUGGAAUUAUAGUCAACCUAAAAUAUUGUCAUAUAAUUAUAAAUACAGUUUAUACAGGUUUUAUACCCAUUUAUACCAACCAGCCAACGGGCGGCAGGUAGCUUAGUGGGUAAGAGCGUUGUGCCGGUAACCGAAAGGUCGCUGGUUCUAAUCCCAGAGCCGACUAGGUGAAAAAUCUGUCGAUGUGCCCUUGAGCAAGGCACUUAACCCUAAUUGCUCCUGUAAGUCGCUCUGGAUAAGAGCGUCUGCUAAAUGACUAAAAAAAAAAAAAAAAAAAAAACCUAACCCUAAAAUAUAUGUAAACAGACUAUAAACGUCUCAGAUUUUGUUCUCUUGGAAAGCUGUGAGUGCGAUUUAUGAUACAGUAUCAGUACUUGUUGCAUUUACAACUUGUCCAAGUCCUAUUAUCAACUGAUUUGAGCCAGUCUAUGGCUGUGGAUUGAGUGCACUGUUUGAAUGGAAUGUUGGCAUAUUGGCGGUUCAUUAGAAAAUAUGAUGGAAUCAUUCCUCUAAGACUGUCUGGCUAGCUAGCCAACACACAUACAGUGCAGAUAUAUUCUUCACAUUCAUUGGUUUACACAAUAUCUUAUCACAGCACUGGCAAACCAUGGUUGACCAACUCCCUGACCUAAUUCUGUUGUAAUCCUAAUUCUAUGGUUGUUAACCGCAACCAAUCAUGAACCUGUGUAUUGAAGGAAUUACCUGCCCCUCUUGAAGAAAUACCCAGCACAGUACAUCUAUGAGCCGUGGAAGGCUCCACGCAGCGUCCAGGAGGCAGCAGGGUGCAUCGUGGGUAAGGACUACCCACGGCCCAUAGUGGCGCACGAGGUAAUCAGCAAGAAGAACAUCCAGAGGAUGAAGGCGGCCUACGCCAAGAGAUCCCCACAUUCCAGCGAGGAGUCACCCGGCAAGGAGAAAGGUUUGUUUCCCCUAGGUACAGAUAUAGGAUCAGCUUCCCCCAAUCUUAACCAUAGAAUAGGAUAACACAGAGCGCCAUUAUUCUGACUUUGGAUCUGCAUGCUCAAACUUGCACACAAGUCUCCCAUUGAUAUCAAUAAAUGA